CAAAAAAAAUUCGUGGAGUUCGUGAAUUAUCGUGAAUUUUCGUGACACGUCGGUUCUGAACAGUUUAAUCAAAAUGGCUUCCAAUCGUUUGCUUCGAAGCUGCUUUCGAAUUUGUUCUUCUAUUUCGGGAGCUAUCAGUGGAAAAGAAUCUUUUAAUGGUCAUUCCAGAAUAACAGGAGCUCUUUCUUCAAAGAGACAUUGUGGCACAAGUCAUGGAUUUCCAUCUGUUGUGGGGAAGGAUCUCCUUACUCUGAGAGACUUCACUAGUGAUGAGAUUGGAUAUCUACUCUGGACUGCAGCUGAUCUAAAGCAAAGAAUUAAAUAUGGGAAUGAGACAGUGCGUCUGUUAGAAGGCAAAUCAGCUGCUCUUAUUUUCCAGAAGCGUAGCACAAGGACAAGAGUUUCGACAGAAACUGGUCUUGCCCUUCUUGGAGGACAUUCUGUUGUUCUCACAGAGAGUGAUAUUCAUCUUGGAGUCAAUGAAUCAACAAUAGACACAGCCAAGGUUCUUUCAGGAUUCUGUGAUUUUAUCUUGGCAAGGGUAUAUGAACAAAAUGAUCUUGAAGUAAUGGCAGAACAUGCCACUAUUCCAGUCAUCAGUGGUUUAUCAGACAUGUUCCACCCUAUACAGAUACUUGCAGACCUUUUGACCCUACAGGAACAUUUUGAUAGCCUACAGGGCCGCACCAUUGCCUGGGUUGGAGAUGGAAACAACAUCAUUCAUUCAUUUAUGAUGGCAGCCCCCAAAUUUGGAAUGCACCUGAAUAUUGCAACUCCAAAGGGUUAUGAGCCAGACAAUGAAAUCUCAAAAGUUUCCCAAGGCUUUGCCCAUGAGCAUAAGACAACUGUGAACCUCACAACAGAUCCCAGGGAGGCAUGUUCCAAAGCAGAUGUGAUUGUCACCGACACAUGGAUCAGUAUGGGCCAGGAAGAAGAGAAAGCUGCCAGAUUAAAAUCUUUUGCAGGCUUCCAAGUUGAUGCCAAGUUGAUGUCUCUUGCCAAAGAAGAAGCUGUUUUUCUCCAUUGCCUGCCACGGAAACCUGAAGAGGUGAGCGAUGAAGUGUUUCUUUCUGACAAGUCCUUGGUUUGGCUGGAGGCAGAAAACAGGAAAUGGACUAUAAUGGCUGUGAUGACAUGUUUGAUGAAUGAUUACACCCCUAUUUCUCCAAUGCCAACUUUUGGAGGCAGUGAUGGUGGCAUCUAAGGAAUAUUUAUCUGUGAUGAUAAUUAAUACCACUGUUAGGGAUAAUGAGAGUAAUGUUUUUAUUAUUAUUAUUUUUAGUCCCUGUUGGAGUGUUUUAGAUAUUUGCCUUCAGUUUUCCUAACCUCCAACAACUAUCAGUAAAAGGAAUUCAUAUAAUAAGUUAACCCUUUAACUCCCAUAAGUGACCAAGACAUAAUUUCUCCUUGCAAUUUACCAAUACAACAUCAAACACA